AUGAAUCCAUACGAGGCUUAUGGCUCCCCGCCUACUGAAAGAUCGCCGCCCAGAUAUCGGCCACGAGAUGAGGAGCCUUACGAGCGGACUGAGCGGACUGACUCAUACCGUAGACGGUCUCCAGCGAAUGACCGGAGACGCCCGCCUCCGCGCAAUCGGUCGCGUUCGCCGGUAGGGAUCGAUCGGUACCAACCAGACCGUGACCGCGCUCCCCGAGACGAUUAUUACGAAGCGCCAAGAGCCGCGCCUAGAGACCGCGAUGAUCGCCGGAGGGCUCCUUCUCCCAUUGCUGCCAACAUCGACCGCUAUGUCCCUGGCCAGGAACCUACCAAGCCGGCCGUCCGGGUCAAUCCACUGGCGAAUCCACUCUCCCUCGACACGCAGGCUGGGUUUAGCUUCUUUGCCGAUUGGUGGCGAUGCGAAAAUCAGAUCAAGGAAGAGAAGGAGCGCGCCAAACACGGCGGACGCAGACCGUCGGAUCGCGUCAAGGGCGAGCGCGAGGCCAAGGAAGACCGUGAGAAAGAACGGGCGCAAAUCCAGCAAGCAUACGACCAGUACAAACAAGAGUUCCAAAUCAAGAUGGCCAAGCAGUUCGUGCUGCAGCACAAGAACGAAGAAUGGUUCAAGGAACGAUACGUCCCGGAAACACGAGAUCCGAUUCGCAAGCGCCUGACGGAAUCCCGCGAGGAGGCUUUCGAACGGUGGGUCCGAGACAUCGAGACCGGCCUGUUCGACGAAUUCACGCUGGAGGGAAUCUACAAGAACGAUAGUGACGGGGCCGGCGGUAUGGUGGAGAAAGAAGAGGGCGAGGCCGUGGGCGGUGGCGAGCUGCUCGGUGUCCUGGACUUGGUGCCCGCUAAAGGUGGCGACUUGAGGGACGAGUCUGUCUACGACCCGGCCCUUCUCAUCAAGACGCUGGCGCCCAAUGUGGGGCGCGAACGGAUCGAGGAGUUCUGCAAGGAGCAUCUCGGCGAGGAGGACGGCGGCUUCAAGGGACUGUCACUGAGCGACCCUAACCCGGCGAAGAAGUUUCACCGCAUCGGUUGGAUCAUGCUCAAGCCCGGUCAAGACGAUGACGGCGAGGCGAUGCAGGAGGUCGAGCGCGGGGAUGGCCGCGACGACGACGAGGAGGGCGAAGAGCCGGCCAAGGUGGAGGGCAAGACGGUCGCGGAAAAGGCCCUCGAGCUGAUCAAUGGCAAGACCAUCACCGAUCCUGUGAGGGGAGAUUUCACGUGCCACGUUGGCGUCCACAACGCGCCGAACGCCCCGCGCAAGAAGGCCCUCUGGGACCUGUUCUCGGCCCCGGAGCGCAUCGAGCGAGACUACGAGCUCGCCCGGCGAUUGGUCUCCAAGCUCGACACCGAGUUGGGUAAGGACGAAAGUGCCGGAGCCCUGGCUAAGAUUGAUGCCCGGGUGGAACAGAUGCGGAACCAGGGUCUGCUGCAACCUCCGCCGAAGCCGAAGAAGCCUAACUUCGAGGACAACGACGACGAAAUCAAGUUUGACGAAGAGGGCGAAGAAGGAGAGGAGAAUGAAGAGGAGCAGGACGACGAAGAGCUGCUGGUGAUCAAGAAGAAGCUCGACUUGAUGGUGGAGUAUCUUCGUCGUGUCUUCAACUUCUGCCUGUUCUGCGUCUUUGAAUCUGAUUCGGUCCAUGAGCUCGUCCGGAAAUGUCCUGGUGGCCACCUCCGACGCCCGCGAGCGGGCUUGAGUAGCGCAGCCAAGGCCGCUGCCCGAGCCAGUGCUCUGGGGGAGCCGUUCCCGGGCAAGAAGAAGGACGGGAGAAGCGAGACGGGCUACGACGAUGAACCCCCCAGUCCCGCCCAGGACAAACGACCCGCCAAGUUCUACAAGAACGACCAACAGCUCCUGCGUGCUUUCAACUGGGUCAAGACCUUUGAAGAGAAGCUGCUCCAGAUUCUCGAGCCCGAAUACGUCGACUUGAAGAAGAUUGGAGGCCGGCCGGUCGAAGAGGCGCUGGACGACGAACUCUCCAAGUUUGUCAAGCAGGAGGAUGAGGCCAAGUUCCGCUGCAAAGUGCCCGAGUGCACGAAGCUGUUCAAAGCCGAGCAUUUCUGGCGAAAGCACGUCGAGAAACGCCACGAGGAGUGGUUUGUGGCGCUGAAGAAUGAUCUCGACCUCGUGAAUCGGUACGUGCUGGACCCGGCGCACAUCGCACCCUCCCGCUCCGACGCCAAUUCGAACGGGCAUUUCCCUCUCCCUAGCAGCCACCAUCUCAACAACGGAACUCCACGGGGCUUCAGCUUGCAGAACAUGGGCAUGAACAUGUUGAACUUUGGUCAAAACACGGGGCUGGGCCUACCCAACGCGCCGUCGCCUUUCGUCUCGGGCGUGAACUUCAAUGCCGACGGUCUGAAUGGCAGCCACGGCGGCGGUCCCAUUCGGCGCGGAGGAGGCCGAUACGGUAACCGCUCUGGACCGUACGACCGAAACCCGCGCAACGGUCAACGUGGAUACAACAACGUCGGUUCCAUGGUGAGGGGGAAUCUGCUGCCUGGCCUCAAUCCAGGGUUCAUCGCCCAAGGUGGCGGAGGAGGCGGCGGAAAAUGGGGCGACGGUGCCGGCGGGGGUAUGAACGCCGUCGGACCGAGGGAGGCCGUCCAGGGCCGAAGCAUCAAGAGCUACGAGGACCUUGACGCGCAGCCCAACGGCAGUGCAGGUGGCGCUGGAGCUCGUGCCGCUGCGCAAGCCGCCAGCGGUGCCGAGCUGGACUAUUGA